UAAUAAUACCUACGUUUACUUUCAAUAAUAAAUUGGUAUCGGAGGCGACCGAAACGCAGCCGGCGACCGUAUCAUACAAAACACGACAACACAACAGUAUAGUGUAAAAACUACACGCGAUCCAGCGAUUCCUCUGCAAAUAACCUGCACCAGAAUAUCUAGGACAAGUGUUAUUCUGCACUUUGCAGGUAAGAACAUGUCGAGUCUAACGAAGCUGUGGUCGGCGGGGUCUCGCCUAGCCACGCUCACUCUACGCCGCCGACGCUGCUCCAGCGCUGACGUCAUCCACUACUCUCCUGAAGUCCUGAAGGCGAGGGCGGAGGGCACGCCCCUCGUCGCCCUAGAGUCCACCAUCAUCACGCACGGAAUGCCCUACCCACAGAACUUGGAGACCGCAAUGCAAGUCGAACAUAUCAUAAGGGAACAAGGCGCAACACCAGCGACCGUGGCCAUCCUGUCCGGGCGUCUCCACGUGGGUCUCUCCGCCGACCAGCUGUCGUACCUGGCGCAGGCGCGCGGCGUGGUGAAGGCGUCCCGGCGCGACCUGGCGCCCGUGCUGGCGGCCGGGGCCGACGGCGCCACCACCGUCGCCGGCACUAUCGUGGCGGCCGAGCUCGCCGGCAUACCCGUGUUUGUUACUGGCGGCAUCGGUGGCGUCCACCGGCAGGGUGAGCACACCCUGGACGUGUCUGCAGACCUGGUGGAGCUGGGCCGCAGCAGCACCCUCGUCGUCUGCAGCGGGGUCAAGUCCAUACUCGACAUCGGACGCACACUUGAGUACCUGGAAACGCAAGGCGUGUGCGUAUGUGCGUUUGGCUCGUCGUACGACUUCCCUGCGUUCUACACGGCGCGGUCAGGGCACCUGGCGCCGCACCGCGCGAGGCACGCGGGCGAGGCGGCGCGGCUGGCGCGCGCGGCAAGCGACCUGCGCCUCGCCUCGGGCAUCCUCGUCGCUGUGCCCAUACCGGAGGAGCAUGCUAUGGAUGAAGCAGUAAUCAAGUCCGCCAUCGACCGUGCAUUAGAGGAGGCCGAGUCCAAAGGGAUUACAGGCAAAGAAGUAACUCCAUUUAUCUUAGCCGCUGCUGCCAAGGCAACUGAUGGAGCCUCCCUGGCUGCCAACAUCGCCCUCAUAAAGAACAAUGCUAAAGUCGGCGCCGAUAUUGCUGUCGAGUUUAGUAAACUGAGGAAUGUUGGGAAUUCGGGGAGCGCUUCCAAUACCGGAGUGUGGCGGGGGUCGGGGGGCGCGGGGCCGGGCUCGCGGGGGCUCCACACGUCAGCUCGCCACCAGGCCUGGGCGCUGGAGCCCAGUGACGCCCCCGUGCUCGUCAUCGGGGGCGCCAACGUCGACCGCACCUACCGCCUCACCGAGCAACACGUCAAGCUGGACGGCAGCACGCACGCGUGCUUGGGCGGCGUGUGCGCGGGCGGCGUGGCGCGCAACAUGGCGGAGGCGCUAUGGCGCAUGCGCGGGCCCGGCGCCGCGCGGCUCCUCACGGCCAUCGGCGACGACGCGGACGGCGACUACUUGCAGUCGGUCGCCGAGGAGAUGCUGCUCGAUGGUUGCCGGGUGGAGGGGGGCCGCACGCCCAGCUACGCCGCCGUGAUGGACUCCAGCGGGGAGUGCCUGCUGGGGCUCGGGGACAUGGCAUUGCAUCAGUCCAUCUCCAUAGACUUGGUGGACAAGCACAUGGAGGUGCUCUCGCGAGCCCCGCUGGUGGUGCUGGACGGCAACGCGCCGCCCGCCACCGUGCACCACGUGCUGGCUCUGUGCCAGCGCAUGGACAAGCCAGUGUUUUUUGAACCAACGGACAGAAGAAAAGCUACGGUCGUUUUUAACAAUCAAUUUGUAAAAUAUGCAUCUCCAAAUCUAAAUGAACUUCGAGCAAUGGCAACAUAUUUAAAGCCUAAUAUUUCCAUCAAUGAAAAUAAUAUAGAUGUUAUCAGUGAAGUAAUAAGUCUAUCAGAAAUUGUUUCAAAAUUCAUUGAAUAUAUAAUUAUAACUUUAGGUUCUAAAGGUGUUGUGAUCGUUCACAAUGAAAACUUUUUAAAAGAAAACCAAGAGUGUAAUAUUAAGGCACGAUUGUAUUCAAUAGAAAACGUAGUACAUAAUGUAGUUAAUGUAUCAGGGGCAGGAGACUGUUUCUCAUGUGGUCUCAUACAUGGCUUGCUUCUAGGACUAUCUGAGGAGCAAUGCGUAUCCUUAGCUUUUCAGUCUGCAACAGCUGCCUUGCUUACAAAAAGUACAGUUCCUAAAGAAUUUGAAACGCUUAAUUACUACAGUAAGGCCACUUACAUAAAUAUUGCUUAGGCACUAUAGAAAGUAGACAUACGUUACAUCUUAUAAAUAAAAAAACUCAGAAUAAGUAUUACCUAUACACUUUAAAUUGAAAAAUUAACAGUGUAGGUAUUUAAAAAUGUGGACGGCAUCAUAAUAAUAUUUAUAUCUAUGUCUUAGCUAUAUUUCAAUCAACUUGUAAAAUGCUUUGAUUUUGUAAGUUUAACAGACGAAUAAU